AUCUCAACCACUUCUACUUUAACCCCUAGGGACACUUUCCAACACCCAACACCCCAAUAACGAACUGUCCAGGUACAAACAACCAGAUCCAACCCUCGCUUCACCUCCAGCCCAGCUCAAUCUAUGGCUGCAUACCAGGCGCUCUCCGCAAUGGCCAACAACCAAUCCGGACCCUCCUCAUCCCUCUCUAUCAGGGGGGCAGCAGCUGGCGGGCCCGCAUCCAGAGUCGUGGCCAAUGCCUUGAGGGGUGCUGGGAUCUCGAGGUCGUCGGCGGCGCAAGGAAUGGACAUAGACGGUGGUGUCCAGCGGGGACCAGGCAGGGGCGCAGCGAGGCGAGGAAGGUCCAGUGGACCUCUUGAUCAGGUAAGUGAUGUUUUCAACUACCUCCUCUGGUGGUGCUGGGAAAGCCAGGGUUGCCUGGCCAGAAAUAUGUCGCCAUGAGCCUCGAGGUAUUCGCCACCCUGAGGCAAUCUGGCCAUGUAUGGCAGGGUAGAUUGAGAUACAGCAACCUUCGCCAUCUCGUAUCGAGACACGAGUUUCUUUUCAUACCCCGCCUGCCUUUCCUUUCUAGGGAAAGGACAUUGGAUCCCGGGUAUGACACGACACAAAACCUCCCUUCCGCACUUUGCCUCGCUCCCUCAGCACCAUGCCAUCAGACACCUCUGAAGAUUUUGAAAUGAUGCUUACCGACUCGGAAUAUCCUCCUCUCCCCCAUCCGCCCUCUAUCUUUACUCGCCACCCCUUACCUCGUCGACCGGUACAUAUACAACCCAUUCACAUUCCAAAUCACAUCUCUACACGAUUUCAACGCCCGUAUAACCUAUAUCCAAACAACCGAACGCACUAUCAGACUGGCCGCCAUCGACCACCAGUCAAUGGUAGAGAUGAUUCCCCCUACGCAAAACGACCGACCAAUGUGGCAAAGCCCGCACGGGGUAGAGGAGGGCGUCAUUCACACCCGGGGCGGAAUCCUGCGGGGACACCACCGACCCUGGCUGAUCUGAGGCGAGGCGGCACACCAAGCAAAGCCGAGACGGAUCACGCCAACUCUCAGCUGAAACAGAAGCUGGGGAGUGAGGAAAUGAAGGCGUGGUUGAGAAGCAGGAUGAUCUCUCCGGGCGUUCUGGACAUGUCGAACCUCCAACUUGACGAAUGGCUCAAUACAAAUGGUAUCCUCCCUCCCGGCCACGUUCGCGCCCCUCACAACUCUGGUAUCGUUUUCUGGCGUCUGAUCGACUCGGUUCUCCAAAAGACCGACAAUACACCCAUUCACACCCUUACACUCGGCUCAAACGAUCUCCACCACCUCAAACAGCUUGAAAAGCUGCCUUUCUGGCUCCCGGAUAUUCGGGCGCUUGACUUGAGCGACAACCCCAUCAAUCAUAUCGCCGAGCUGGACAACAUCCUGGCGUCUGGAGAGAAGAAAGGAAAGGCGAACGCAGGGAUGGGGAGUUUGAAGAGUCUGGUAGAGCUCAAGUUGAACGGCUGUGCUUUCAGGGAAAAGACGUUGGCGAUGCAAGAUGGUGAGGCCAUCUAUAAGCAUGAGAUUCUUCGGCGAUUCCCUGGACUGAGGAUUCUCGACGGCGUCAGUCUGGAACGUGUGGUCUUUCCCAUCGAAAGGAAGCCCAAAAUCAAACACACGGAAGAGCAAAAGGCUGCACUCGUUGCUAGGCCAUACACUUUCCCUGUGGAGGUCAAGUCCGAGUUCUUUUCAGAGGCUGCUGCCAAAGAUUUUGCCAUGAGUUUUUGCGCCAGAUACUUUCCCUUAUUCGACAAUGCCCGGGGCGAGCUUCUACCGGCUUAUGCCCCCAACGCCCUCAUCUCUAUCGCAGCAAACACUCUCAGCUCUCGCUCUUACCUCGCCACCCAGGUCGUCCCCCGUACCCGCUCCGAGCGCCCCCAACCCGUCCCCUUCGAGCCUUGGACCAAGCUCCCUUCUCGAAACUUUUUCCGUAACGCCACGAGUAUUCAACAGCGAAUGGAAACGCUCAAGACGAGGGCGGACCCGGAGAAGUUGCUGGAGUGGUGGGACAAGAGUGUACCCAAGACGGAACAUCCAUUGACAGAUGCUGGGAAAUGGUGUUUCGAGUGUUGGGUGUUGGAUAGUGAAGGGGGACGGGUGAGGUUGUGUUUGCAGAUUCAGGGAAUGUUUAGGGAAUUGCCUUCGGGGACCUAUCGAUCUUUCUCCAGAACAUUUAUCCUGGUCGAAGCGCCUCCAGACUCUCCUGCUGUAGCUGCAGGGUUCCCCGCGACGAUCCUCUCAGACACCAUGAUUGUCCACUCUUACUUGGGCUCCAACGCAUUCGACGGUGUGCAGCCUUUGGCAUCCCACGGCGUUACCAUUCAACCGCCCUCCAUUCCCUUCUCCCCGAGCGAAGUCGUGAUCCCCGCCGGCGCCCCCGCCGCUGCUCCAGGCCUUCCUGCCGUAGGCGCACCCUCAGAGGCGGAACAACAAGCGCUCGUGGCCCAAGUGUCACAGAGGACGCGGAUGAAUGCCCAAUUUGCCAUGAUGUGUCUUGCGCAGAAUGGGUGGGAUUUGGAGGCGGCGGUAGCCAAUUUCGAGGAGAUCAAGGGGUCGAUUCCUCAGGAGGCGUUCUUGUAGACGGGGAAGAGCGUGCAUGGGCGAGGGGGAGUGUAAUUGUCGGCAUCAGUAGUCAUCAACCAAACAAAAAUAGCAUUUCAGUCCAUAGAAGACUACAGACACUUUUCGUACAUGGCAUCGUUAUCUUUUCGUUCUUUUCAUGUUCGUCUCUGUUACGAGUCUUGGAAACUUUCCCCAGAAUAUGAAUUGACUUGAGAUCGGCA